GGUGGGGUUGACAACUCGGGGACUGAGUUCAUACUAAUGUUUUUGGAAAACAGUCUGAGAGCGACUGAUCCAACAGGAGCUGAUGGCAGAAUUCGCUUAUUUGUUACCUCUAGAAAGUCUACACCAGUGAACGUAUCAAUUUCUUGCGAAGCCAUCGGGUUUAGCGGAUCAUAUACAGUAAUGGAUGAGCAGUUUCAAACGGUCGAGGUUGAUACAAGUAUACGCCUUACUGAAACAGAGAAAGUUGCUGACAAAGGGCUACUCAUCACCGCCGAUGAUGAAAUAAGUGUAUACAUUGUCAACAUGGAAGGCCUAAGUGUCGAUGGGUCAUUGAUCAUACCAACUGAAGCACUUGGCACUGAGUACAUCACGACUACGUGGACUCCUGAGAGAAGGACCAGUUUGUUUGGAAUAGCAGGGACGCUUGACUCAACCAAUGUUGUUAUCAAAUCUACCCAAGAAAUCACCUUUGAUGGUACAACUCACGCUGCCGGGACAAACAUCUCUUUAACGCUAGAUCGCCUGGAGGCGUUCCAAGCCUCAAGUGAAUCCGAUUUUUCGGGAACUGAAAUAUAUUCCGAUCAACCCAUCGCUGUUUUCUCUGGAAAUAAGAAGACCAGGGUUACAGACGGAGCAUCGAGCAAUACUGCUGACCAUCUAGAGGAGAUGUUGGUUCCAAUUACGCAAUGGGGAAAAGAAUUUUACACAACCCCCACACCGGGUACCACCACGAGAGGACAUUAUAUAAGGCUUACAGCAGGAGAAGAUGCAGUGAACUAUUGGGUGACGGGGACGAGUGACUUCUCAAGUAAUGGAACACUAACCAAUAAGGCAGAUUUUGCAGAUAUAACGGUACCAGCGGCGACCUACGUAAGCAUAAUAUCGGACAAACCCAUCAGUGCUUUCAAGUUUAUACUCAGUCAGACAACAGGAACGACCGAAGCGGCUGAUCCAGCUAUGAUAAUGCUAGUCCCAACAGUCCAAUGGAAAACUGCCUACACCGUUAUCAGCCCACCAGCGGCUUCCGGAACCUACGAACACUAUUUGGCAAUCGUUGUUGAAAGUGGGCGCGAAGAUACACUAGUACAUGACAACGAGGCGUUUAAUGUCACCGAUUACCCUUGGAACAGUAUACCUGGAACAAAUUAUGUUGGGACUUGGAUACCUGUAGUGGAAGGUGCCCAUACACUUUCUAACACUGACAGUAUUGGCCAAUUCUCUGGUUACCUGUAUGGAAAGCAGUUAGCGGAAUCCUAUGGCUUUCCCCUAGGAAUGAGGAACGAGUUAUCUAACGCACCCUGCGUGGUGACGGCGAGUGUGAUAGGCGAUGGCACAGAUAAUGACUGUGACGGAAGGGUAGACGAGGAAAAUUGUGCAGCCGAUCCUGCAGAUGACGACGGGGACGGAAACGAAGACGAGGAUUGCGCAGCACCCCAUUGUGGUACACCACCAAGCGACGCGAACGCUAAUAUUACGGGGACUAACUACAACUAUCCUGAAUCAAUCACAUACACAUGCCAUGAGAACUGCACUAUCCAGGGGACAGAAGAUACUAGCGAGAGUAUUCAGUGUCAAUCGGACGGCACAUGGACUGCUCAUACCCCAUGUGAUUGCUCUGGUGACGACGGAGGCGGCGGAGACGUGGCUGGAGAUCCUCACGUGAUGAUCAACGUUAAGGGGGUAGAUAAACCAGUAUGUUUCGACUUCACGGCCCCCGCUGGAAAGGUCAUACAAAUCCUCUCUGUGCCCUCAAAAAAUUUGGUUGUAAAUGCCAAAAUGGUCUCAGAGGAAAUAGAGUCACGACCUGGAUCCGGACAUGCGUAUUAUCUUGGGGAGGCCGUCAUACGUAUGGGGAACUUCUGGGUUCACGUAGGGGCAGAAACGCAUUACAUGAAUAUUGGGGGGAAAGUGGAAAGAUGGGGACCGGCGUUCCAGAGGAAUUACAUCGCUAAGUUCGGAAAUGAAAAAGUCCCCGUUGCUGUACGCAUCUUAAAGCAAGACAGAUACAGAAUGGCAGUACAUAUCAGUCAUUUGGCUACGAUUGUGAUCGCACGCUUCAACAACCAUCUAGACGUAUUGGUCACCAAACUUGAUGAAUCUCUCUGGCCUGCCGGUGGCAUUGUUGGUCAAGCAAUGACAGUCGAGGCUUCACUGACCAUGGAUCAGAACGAUGAGAAACUUGGACAACUCAAAUUUGAGGGCUUCAACGAAUACCAGACCGUGGAGCUGCAAAAUAGAUCCAAGAUGGGUGCUCUAGAGAAACAAGAGGAAUAUUUUGGCCACAGAGUUGACUGCUGGCACAAGGAUGGCAUACCCAUUGGGAAAGUACAUGAUUUUAAAGUUAAAGACUUGUACUCCAGGAAGACUAAGAUUGCCAAAUAA